CUGCGUGUGAGUCGACGACAGACGGCUCGUUGUGAGAAUUUUUGCUGCAGUAUGAGUCAAGCCAUUUAAGAGCUCGCAUGCGUCGAAUGUGCGCAAAAUAAAUCACAAGUUUCUUCCGUCGAUAGGCAACUCGCAGGCGUCGCGGGAAAACGCUCGUCACGAUUUUUUAAAAUAAAUUUUAAAUCGAUCGUUUGGAAAAAAAUUCAUCACGAUGAGAGCCGCUCUACUACUGUGUUGUCUCGUUCUAUCCACGCUCGGCGGAAAAGUCAUCGGCGAUUCCGGCAUAACAUGCUCGGACUUCAAAAAUAUGGCGGUCGUCGGCUCGAUUCUGAAGAUCUUCAGCUCGAAGACGCGAGAGGACGUCGGCGUGGAUUUUUUCCUGUCGACGCGCGAGCAGAGGCAGCCGGCGGAGCUGAGCAUCGUCAAUUGGUCGGCACUGCAGAGCAGCGGCUUCGAUCCGACGAAAAAGACAUACAUCGUUAUUCACGGCUACAAGUCCGGAGGUCGGAAGUCAUGGGUCUUGGAUCUAAAGGAUAAGCUGCUCGACGCGAGAGGUGGAAACGUUAUCCUAGUUGAUUGGAGUCAAGGCAGCAACGUAAAAAAUUACAUCAAUGCUGCACGUAAUACCCCAUUUGCCACUGAUCGAAUAUUCAAUUUCCUGCAAACAUUGAGAGUUCAAGUGGAAAGAUUAAGCGUUAAUGGGCCAGUAAUGUGGAAUCGAUUACAUUUUAUUGGGCACAGUUUGGGCGCGCAAAUAAGCGCGCAGACGAGCAAUCUGUUGAAAGAAAACAGUUUUUGGAAAGUCGAGAGAAUCACGGGAUUGGAUCCAGCCAAGCCUUGCUUUUCAGGGAUAGAUCCGCGUUUGAAAAUUGAUAAGAGCGAUGCAGAUUUCGUCGAUAUCAUUCAUACACAGGCCGAUGACCACGGAGGUUUCGAUUCGUUGGGAACCAAGGAACGAGUAGGACACAUCGAUUUUUACGUAAACGGAGGAGUAGCACAACCUCAAUGUUUGGGAUCGAGAUUUACUCCUAAAUUGACAAAAAUGGUAUGCAGUCACAAACUGUCCUACAAGUAUUUCGCCGAGUCCUUGGCUAACGCAGUCAACGGAUCAUGCAAAUUUAACAGCCAUCGCUGGAACGGAUCUUACGAAGAGGCCUUGGAGAUUUUGAACUUCAAAAAAAAUAACGUGAUGUGCAACGAUUGUCCUGAAAUGGGCAUAAACGCAUCGAAACUCGACAAACAAGGAACUUAUCUAGUCUUGACAUCGAUCGACGAGCCGUAUUGUGAUUUUCAAAGAGAAGACGAGCCAAAAUUAUUGAGAGUUCUUAAGAAAUUGCGAGGAUCUGCGAGAUUUGAUUCAGUAAACAGCGACACCGAAGACGACUGAAAUUUCUACAUAACGAACGGAAAAAUAGAAAACUCAAUGUACCUACUUGAGAUGCAUUGAGUGAAUAGUUGUUUUAAUUACUUAGAAACCAAAUAGUCAUUUACACGCUCUUUUAUAGUUAGUGGUAAUAAACUUUAUACUCGCUGAAGUUGACUGAAGUAAA